CCUCAAUUCAGAUUUUCUUUUCUUUUCUUUUUUUUUUUGCUCCUCGUUCAUUUUUUAGGUUAAGAACGCAAAGAGCGAGCGAGCGAGCAGGCGGGCGGGCGGGCGGGCGGCUUGAGCGAGCGCCACUGGACCGGAGUCCCCCCCUCCACCGCCGCCUCCUCCGCCUUCCGCGAACGAUCAGAGAUGCUGCCAAAAAAGCCGCGCACUCGACUGACUGCGUGGGCGGGAGAGCGCGCAGCAGCUUCGCAGGCGCCCAACUGAAGACGAGAAGAGCGGAGGGACGCCGACUCCGGUUCGAGGCACGGAGGUUACACAGCUCAAGAGAUGACCCUGGUCCUGUCCAUGAAUACGUUCUGCGAGCACAGAGCCUCGGAAGGAGACCCCGAAAUCCCAGAGUACCAGCCCCUCUGGGAGAGCGAGCCCUGCUUCAGGGUCCAUACUGCAGGGGGCACCCCGCUGGAAUGCGCUGCUGAUCACUUGGCACAAGCUGAGUGUCACUUCCGAAGAGGGACCGUCCCGGUGGCAGCAUCCAGGAUUGCAUACUUUAAGAGGAAGUACGUCGAGGAGAAGGACCCUCACCCGGCCCUGCACGGCUUGUGCCCACGAGUGAGGCCCGGCUUUGAGGACCGCACCCACGUGCUGAGGCUGUCCCUGGACAAGCUACGCUUCAUUGAAGACCCCGAGGCCUUCCUCCGCCGCUCCGUCCUCAUCAACAACCUUCUGCGGCGGCUGCGGACGGAGAUCCUCCUCCAGAGUAACUGGUGCUUCCCCGCGCCUCUUCAGCUGUCCGCCGUGCCCAGCCCCCCAAACGGCCACUGCCCGUGGGAGACCCCCGCCGCAGCCUCGUGCUUCGGCCAGACCGAGAGGCCGUACCGCAAGCGUUUGCGCGCGACGCCGCAGCCCGACGACUGCCUCGAUGGCUGUUGUUGUUAUUAUGGGGGCUGCUACUUGCGGCUGCCCUUCCCUGUCUGCCAUGAGACCCCAUCCUCCUCCACCUCCUCCUCCUCGUCCCCCUUCUGCUCGUCAUCCUCAGCCCUCGGCCACCAGCACGUCACGUACGAGGAAGAGGCCAAACUGGACAGGCUCUACCCCCACGCCAGCCUGCCGAGACCCGAAAGGCAGCACGAGAUGCGGGAAGCCGAGGGUCCGACCAAGCAGGAGCUGACGUUCGGCUGUGUGGGAGACGAUGGGGCGUCGCAGCUUGACCACGUGCUUCAAAGUGACUUGCUAGCUUGGGAGAAGGACGUGGAGCCGCUGGCCUGGCGGGAGGACAUCCAGGGGACGCAGCACGAGCCCCCGUUGUGCUGUACGGCGGGGAGGAAAAUGUAAAGCGGCAGACGUUUGGGGGAGAUGCCCUGAGACCCCUCUGAUCUCGGCGACUGGCCCUUUAGCAGCCUGAGGAGUGGACAGAGUGAGUCGUAGGGCCACUUGGGGGGACAGAGAGGCGGCCUUGGCUGGCGAGCCGAGCAGAACUCCGACUGGUGCCUUAGCUUCUCUUUUCAUCGGUUUGUGACUCGGCGUCCUUGCCAUCAGGUUUUCAGUUGUGGACGAUGAGCUCAAAACGUGAAACGGUCUUUGUGGGACGGGCAGUGGCAUGACACAAUGGCCAUGGACCGUGCCACCCCAGCCCCUGAGCCCCCCCCCCAGACAGGGGUUCAAAUGUUGUCUUUUCUUUCCUUUUCCUUUUUCUUUUUGCCCGUUGUGUUGGCUCACUUUUGUAAUUCAUUUUUGAUUUGAACCCAGGGCCGGAGCCUGAAGUGAGGCCUGGGUGGACGAGUGCUGGACGGCGGCCUGCCCUGCUGCCUAUCAUUAAAGAGGGAAGGUGGA